AUGCAUUUCAGCCCAUUGAUUAGAUCGAAGAGAACAGCUGAAGUUAUCUGGGGUUCUUGCAAGGAGGAGAUAAUUACUGACUCUGAAUUGAGAGAAAUUGACCUGUACUCCUUACAAGGUCUCCUUAAGCAUGAGGGAAAAGCCAAGUUUGGUGCAGCUUAUCACCAGUGGCAAAUAGAUGCGGCAAAUUUCAAUAUUGAUGACCAUUACCCAAUUAGGGAGUUAUGGGCACGUGCUAGAAGCUGCUGGACUAAAAUCCUAACCCAUGAAAGCAGGUCUGUGCUGGUGGUUGCUCACAAUGCUGUUAAUCAGGCUCUUGUUGCAACAGUGGCCUAA